UGAUCAGGAAGAAAGAAGUCAACUGAUUGAAAACCUGGGGAAAACAAGAUUAAGCUAGAUAGAAAGGAUUUAUUGCAAAGGAACUCCAGAUGUGAAAGUUUUAUGGCUUUAUUUCAGUUUGUAAAACAGACUAAUUUGUAUGCAGAGACAUGACGAUAUGGUAGUUGUUUUUUGGGGUUUUUUUUGUUAAUUUAUUUAUUUAUUUGUGAUUAUUUGAUAUGAGCGAAUUCUGGUCCACACUCCAAGCCAGUUGGUGGCGGUAGUGCACCACAUUGUUGUUUGCCAACCAGCAGCCGUGUCAAUGGCCCCUCCAGGCAGCAGGUGGCGUCACACAGCUCGCAGAAGCCGGUGUAUCUUAGCUUCCGUCGGAGAGGAUGUAAACAGAAGGACACCGAGUCUUCAGAGAAAGCGGUUGAAAACAUGACCAAGCUGGAGCUCCUCAACGUGUUUCUGAACGACAGGCUCACGGCGGCGGCCGAAGACAUUUUUCGCGCCGUUAAAGACACGGUGGUGGAGUACCAGAGUGAAAUCCUGCGCUCCAAGGAGGAGAACGAGCGACUCAAACGGCUCCUGAAUGUGGCCGUCCAGCGGCUACUGCUGCAGUCAGGUGAAGAGCAUCGGCUCACGGCGCUCACUGAACCCCACUCUGUGCAGGCCCAAGAAGACGGUCAGCUCUGUGCGUCUGAGUGUGGAAGGAGUGCAGGGCUGCUGUCACACAUCAAAGAUGAACAGAGAAACACUCAAAGCCACUGCUCGCACCAGGUAAGCAACUCUGAGGAAGGAAACUGCAGCAGCGUUGAGCCGCUGAGGUUAAAUCCUCCACCUGCCCAAACCGCCUCCCUGCCUCCGCUUACAUCCCCAGAGGUGAAGACGGAGACGGACAGGGAGGACGGCAGGAAACGGCAGUGUUGUAACAGCCUGCCAGCGUCUGCUAACGCAGCUCAAAGUCAUUUUCGUGCCACCGCUGCAAAGACACACAGGACUCUGAGAAAUGAGCAGCAGGUGAAGGGGCUGCUGCGCUCAAACGGGAAGCAAAGUGCUCACAUACUGCAGAUUAAAAAUGUAAAGUCCCUGAAGGCGUCGUCAUCGCGCCCCCAUCAUCCGAGCCAGAGCAUCCAGAGGUGGCACAGCUGCAAUGAGUGCGGGAAGGGCUUCAACUUUGCCUGCCAGCUGGAGGUCCACAUGCGCUGGCACACCAAAGAGAAGCCAUACAGCUGCGCGGUGUGCCGGAAGAGCUUCACCACCGUAAGCAUGUUGAAGAGGCACCACCGCAUCCACACCGGAGAGAAGCCCUUCCGCUGCCACGUCUGCGGGAAAUGCUUCAACCAGUCAGCUCACCUUAACACCCACUUCAGGCUUCACACCAGAGAGAGGGCCGGCUGGAGCCGAGCGCCGCACUGCAAGUUGUCCCAGUAGGAACUCCAAAAACCGUUUCUUCCAGUGGUGUACAGUGUGGUGUGCUCGUGUCUUGUUGUGCAAUAAACAUGACAACUGCAGAUCCGGUGAUGUGUGCUGGUAUUAAUGAGUGUAGUUGUAGCUACUGAUGGGCGAGGCUGGACAUUAAAGAUGGCAGAGUAAA